CGCGGCGUUCCCAAAUAUUACACGCGUGUUGUGUGCUUGAUGGGAGGGUGUUACUGCAACGGGAUGUUGCACUACGGCUUUCUGGAUGAAGAGCAGGCGAAUAGUCUCCGAUUAUUAGAGAAAUCCUACAGUGCGAGCAGAUAUGCGGGCUGAAUCCUCAGCCUCGGACUGAGAAUGGGUUAGACGAGCGAUGGUUGUGUUUGAAACUCUUCCCAUCAGGAGCAAAGCAAUGAGGUCAACAGCAAACAGACACGGGGACUGAUCAGUGUCAUUCAUUCCUGGACUUUCUGUUCUCCUCUUUGUCGUUGAGAUGAUAGUGGAGCUGGUGUGCAGCGCGGUGGCUCUGCUCCUCUAUAUGAACACACUGAGCGCUGAUUUCUGCUAUGAUGACAGCCGAGCAAUCAAAACCAACCAAGACCUCCUACCGGACACUCCAUGGACGAACAUUCUGUACGAUGACUUCUGGGGCACUCUGCUCACCCACAGCGGCAGCCACAAGUCUUUCCGCCCCCUCUGCACCCUCUCUUUCCGCCUCAACUAUGCCCUGGGCAGCUUGGACCCCUGGGGCUACCACCUGGUCAACGUGGGCCUGCACUGCUGCGUCACUGCACUCUUCACUGCAUUCUGUCACCCCCUGCUGGGUGGAGGACCAUGGACCCUAUUGGCGGGUCUGCUCUUCGCCUCUCAUCCCAUACACACUGAAGCAGUAGCUGGGGUGGUGGGACGAGCAGAUGUGGGUGCAGCUUUUUGCUUCUUGUUGUCCUUGAUCUCUUAUGCCCAGUACUGCCUUCUGAGGGCCAACGCAGUGCACUCGAGCGGGGUUGUAUGGCGGAAAGUGCUGUGGCUGUCUGGGAGUUUGGGUGCUACUGCGGCUGCCUUGCUAUGGAAGGAGCAGGGAGUGACUGUUCUGGCCAUGUCAGCCAUUUAUGACCUCUGUGUUGUGCAUCGUCUGAGACUCCAGCAAGCGGUAAUGAUGGUGCUGAAGAGGAAGAACAUGAGCUUGCUGGUCAGUCUAGCAUGGCUGGUUGGUUUUGGAAUGAUUCUGCUAGCAGCUCGGUUUUACUGGAUGGGCAACAAGCCUCCGAACUUCUCCAACUCGGACAACCCUGCAGCCGACUCACCUCAUCUCCUGACCAGAGUGCUCACGUUCCUAUACCUGCCAGCUGUCAAUGCCUGGCUCCUCCUCUGCCCUGACAAACUCAGCUUCGAUUGGUCAAUGGAUGCCAUUCCUCUGCUUAGAUCCAUCGCUGAUUGGCGGAAUCUUCAGUCGGUUUUGUUUUACUCAGGAUUCUCUCUCCUGUCAUGGUUUGGCUUGAGAAACCCAUCGCUACAGUCCUCUAAAAUUAGCGAAACCAAUGGAAAAUCACAUAUGAGCAAUGGAAAGCCUGCAACUAAUGGAUACAGUCAUAAUCAUGAUGACAAUCACUACAGGGACUCAAACUCUCCCAAAAGAAAUGGAUAUCAUAAACCUCUCAGAGCCCCACAAAAAUCUCUCCCAGCCACAGAGAGUGUGGUGGUCUUAUCCCUUGGGCUGCUAGUUUUGCCCUUCAUCCCAGCCACUAAUAUGUUCUUCUACGUGGGCUUUGUGUUGGCCGAGCGGGUGCUGUACAUCCCCAGUAUGGGCUUCUGUCUGCUCGUGACCAUCGGGUUAAGGAGCAUGUUCAUACGCUGCAGGUCGCGACGCUCCAGAAGGAGCAGAGACCUCAAUGUUUCAUCACAUUCUGGUACUCGCACAAACCUCUUACUUCACAUAUCACUUCUCAAGUUUAAAAGCAAUGUGUGCUUUAUUUCAUGCAGUGGUUUGCUGCUGCAGGAGAGGGAGCGAUUCUCUGAGGCUCUGCAUUACUAUAAACUGGCCAUCGGGAGCAGACCGACUCUGGCCUCUGCAUACUUGAACGUGGGCAUCAUCCUGGUCUCCCAGGGGAAUGUCGAAGAGGCCAAGCGCACCUUUCACACUUGUGCUGACAUCCCUGAUGAGAACCUGAAGGACCCUCAUGCCCAUAAGAGCUCCGUCACCAGUUGCUUGUACAACCUCGGCAAGCUGCUUCAUGAGCAGGGCCAGCACGAGGAGGCACUGUCCAUGUAUAAAGAGUCUGUGCAAAAAAUGCCACGACAGUUUGCACCGCAGAGUUUGUACAAUAUGAUGGGUGAGGCAUAUAUGAGACUGAGUAAUCUAGAGGAGGCAGGGCACUGGUACAGAGAAUCUCUGAAGGCCAAACCUGACCAUAUUCCUGCCCACCUGACCUAUGGAAAACUGCUGUCUAUCAUAGGGCAGAAGUCUGAAGCAGAGCAUUACUUCCUGAAGGCAAUAGAGCUGGAUCCUGCGAGAGGAAACUGCUAUAUGCAUUACAGUCAGUUUCUGUUGGAAGAGUCUCGUCUGGGAGAGGCAGCAGUGAUGGCUCAGAAAGCUGCAGAGCUGGACAGUUCUGAGUUUGACGUGGUGUUCAGCGCUGCUCAUAUGCUCAGACAGGCCAGUCUGAAUGAGGCUGCUGAAAGGUAUUAUGGGAAGGCAGCAGAUUUAAGACCUGAUCAUCCAGCAGCUCUGAUGAAUCUCGGGGCGAUCCUCCAUCUUAAUGGGAAGCUGAAGGAAGCUGAGAGCAACUACCUCCGUGCGCUGCAGCUCAAACCAGACGACUUCAUCACUCAGUCCAACCUCCACAAACUCUGGAAUGUCAUGCAGAAACAGGGUCUACGAGCCUCCGGGACGUGAUCCGCUGCUGGAACAUGUGCUGAUUAUUUUCUGCUGAUUCAGUGCUUAUGGACAGAUGUUGGUGGAACUGGUAAAAACUUGAACUAGUCUGGAGGUAGGGAAUGAAGAAGGAGCCUCUGUGAAGUGCUGCUUUGGACAGUAAAAACCGCUAAAAGUGUACAAGAAUAGUAAAGUGCACAAACACAGAAGAGAUGGUUUGUAACAUGCUGGAUUGUAUUCUGAGAGCACUGACCAUGUUGUAUUUAGGUGAUAUUUCUUUCCCUACUGAAGUGUCUUUUUUUUCUUUAAUGACUUUAAAAAAAGAGUUGAGAUUGUCAUUAUGCUGAUAUUUAAUAUGCCUCCUCUUAAUUUAUUGUUGAUCAAUGAACAGUUUGUCACUUGUUGUUAAUAAAACUUAAAUUCUCAGUA